AUGGAUUCGGCGUCACCGCGGUCCGUGCUACGAGACAUAUCUAACGAGGAAGGCUUCGCGACCAAGUCGCUCAUUCAGGGCUUCCUCCAACCCUCAGUGCGAAAGCAAAAGUAUACCAGUUCGUCGCCAUCAUCAUCCAGCAGCGCGGUAACCGCUGCUGCCUUUGGAGAUUCCGCAGGAGCAGGCGCUUCUGAUGCAGGUGCUGCCGCUCCUCCCCCUACCGCCCCAAUCAUCACGCCGGAGCCAUCGCAGGCCGAGACCAGCAACCCUGCCGCUUGCUCUGACGGCGUUUCUUCUGGGGCUUGGCGGUCAACCACUGCUGUCGGCGCGGUAGCCCCCGAUGCCGGCGGCAACACCGCCGCCGCUGCCGUUGCGGGGACCACCCCGCCGCUGCGCACGAGACACCCUGCGCCGCCCCCGCUUGAUCAAACUCGACACCGGCCGCCACCGGUGGCCUGUACGUUGGUGGCCUUUGAGCCGGGUUCUCUGGGUCUGGAACUAGAGGCAAUCGUGGACGACGACAAAGCUCGGAGGCAUGGAGAAGAGUACCGGCGCCGGCGCCGUCCCCGCCGGAGGCUUGGCUGCAGGGUGUUCCGGGUCACUCCCGACGGCCAGGCGGCCAGACACGGGUCGGUGCACCCCGGGGAUGCGCUGGUCGUGCUGGACGGGGUGGACGUCCUGUCGGACCCGUUCGAGGACAUCACACGUGCGCUGCUCCAGCGCCAGGGGCGACGCAGGCUGAUCGGCUUCAUGGGCGUGGCGGCCGUAGCCGCCUCUGCCCCUCAGAAGCGCCGGGCGCCAUCGCCGUCGUCCUUUUCGUCUUUGACCGCGGAGCCCGAAGUAGCCGCGUCUCCGCCCGCCCGCGGUGACACGGCAGCGUUGUCGCCGCCCCCCGCUGCCGCCGCGACAGAAGACUCAAACAACGGGCGGCGGGCUGCGGAUUCCGUUGCUGGUGCCGCUGCUGCAGUUGAAGGCCGGUUGGAGCACAAGAGACGUGAUGAUCAAGGACGCCGCCGUGAGAGGAGCGAUUUCGGGAAGGGCGGGGUUGUCCUUCCAGCAAACGGCCGGCGGGGCGGCGAGAAAUGUGGCGGCGGCGAAGGAAGCCCUGAAGCGACGGCAUCGUCAAGCAGCAAGAAACAAGCGGGGACCGGGGGCGGCGGCGGAGGAGAGCGGGGAAGAGUACAUGAUCAUAACGGCGAGGUGCCCGCCCCCACCGCUCUCGGCCAUCAUCCUCGCCGGAGCCGCUCCUCCUCCUUCGCCUCCUUGCCGCCGCCGGGGUCCGAGUUGUUCGGUGCUGCUGCCGCCGACCUCGACUGGCGAGAGGCAGAGCGUCUACCGCAUCCUCGGGACGCUGCAGCAAGAAUCCAGCGGCGGAGACCCGCCGCAGGAAGCAUGACCGGAUGCCGGCGGGUCGAGGGAAACGAUGACUUGUCGAUGAAGAACAAGCGGCGUGUCUCUAGCACGGUGAGCAGCACCGCCGGUCUCGGCGAGGCGGCGGCGGCGGCGGCGGGGGGGGGGGCGGGGGGGGAGGGCGACGCCCGUCGCGAGCCGGAACGGGGACGUUCCGGUGUUCCCGCGGGCUACGGCGGUGGUGCGCGUCUGGCCAGCAGGGAGUCGCUCGGGAGCAGCUGGGGCUCGUGUGCGACCACCGGGCGCAUGGGCGCCGCAACGGCGGGAGGGCGUGCCGCCGGUGGUGGGCUCUACCGCGGCAGGCCCUUGGAUGGGUCUAGGGGGGAGUCCCUGCAGCGGAGUCUGGCAGAAGCUAUGGAGGACAAGCGUGCGCUGGCCGCGGAGAGGGAUUGGCUGCUGGAGGAGCUGCAGCGCGCGAGAGAGGCGACUCUCGAGCGAGAUGGGGCCCUCGCCGGGCAAGAGGUUCAAACCGACGUGUUGAAGAUGGAGGUGGCCGCUCUCGACGGAGAGCUGCGCCGGGCGCGUCAGGAGCUGGGGGCGUGCGAGGCCGGGCGCCGCGAGCUGCACGAGGCUGCCAAACGAGACCUGGCGCGGCGAGACCGCGACGCCGCCGACCUCUCCGAUGCUCUCCGCCGCGAGCGGUCGGCCCGAGACCGCGACGCCGACGCUGCCGCUGCGGCGGCGGCGACCGCAGCAUCCGCCAGAGCCGCGGACAAGGCGGCGGCGGCGGCGGGGCGAGCGGCCGCGGCCGACGCCCGGCGGCGCGCCGAGAGUACGGAGGCGCGAGCGGCGGAGUCCGAGGAGAGGGUGGAGGAGGCGAAGGCGGCGGCGGCGGAGGCUGCCGUGGAAGCUUCGGAAGCGUUGCGGCGGGAGCGGGAGCGGCGGGAGAUGGAGGUACGCGAGCGGGAGGAGGAGAUCUCGGCGCUGCUGCUGAGGGUCGGGGCAUCCGAGAGCCGCUCCAGGAGACUUUCCGAGGACAAGGCGGAGCGGUUGAGGGAGGUGGAAGAGGCGGCGGUCAAGUCCCUUGAGGCGGCGGAGAGGCGACGGGCGGAGUGGGAGAACAAGGCCUCGGCAAUCGCGGCGAGGCUGCGGGAACGCGAAGCGGAGGGUACUCGAAAGGACCGGGUUGUGAAGGACCUGGAGGGUCGGCUUGGUAGGGCGCACGCGCAGACGUCGGAGGUGCAAGAGAGGGAGGGGAGCGAGCUUCGGCGAGUCGCGGGGGAGUUGGAAGUGAUGCGGAAGGCUCUUAGCGACAGAGAGGCCCGUGCCAGGGAGGAGACGGGCAGGCUGGAGCGACGCCUCCGAGAGGAGGAGAAGAAGGCCUGCAAGAACACGGCGGGGCUCCGCAAACUGGAACAGCACGCGAAGUUCCUGGAGACGGGGGUUGUGGCUGCGAGGCAGAGGGCGGAGGCGGCGGCACGGAAGGAGAAAGAGGUGUCGGAACGGCUUGCCGAGGCAGAGACGGAGCGGGCGUGCCAAGAGAUUGCCGUAACUACUCUCAAGGCGCAGCUUGAGGAGCUUCGCCGCGGCGCAGCCGCAGGCGACGCGGCUCUGAGAGAAGCCGCUAAGCUCAGGAAUAUCCUCGAGGGGGCAGCGCUACGGCAUAUGGGAACCCAGCCUGUGGUUGCUGCCGACUGUGGAAAGAGCGGGCGUCGGGACGACACGACGUCGGGUGGCGGCAGCAGCGGGAAGAAUGGGCGCGGUGGGGCGGGCGGAGAGGGUCUCGUGGAGCUCGCGAAAAAACUGCAGGGGCGAACGGACGAGCUGGACCAGGAGUUGGACAGUGUCCGCAAAGCCUUAGCCAUGGGCAGAGAGGAAAACCAGGCGUUGCUGGCGAGGGAGAAGGACGCGGCGGAACUCCGGUCCCUGCUCGAGCAGAAGCGGGGAGUUUCGGCCCGGCUAGCGAGCGGCGCGGAGGCGGCAAGGGCGAGAGCCGAGCGCGCCGAGAGCCAAGCCGAGAAGAUGGUCGCUGACAGGGUUUCUCUGAGGGCCGAGCUGAAGGCGGCACGCCAGCAAGCGGAGACGAACGGAGAAAGAGCGAAGGGUCUUGAGGAGAACGUCUUGGAACUCAGGGACGAAAUCAGGGCCAUGGCAGCGAAACUGUCCGACGCGGAAGCUGCGGGGGCGAAAGCGAGGACCGGCAUCGACACCGCCACCUGCAGGGUUUCCUCGUUGGAAAAGGCCAUGGACGCGGCGGAGGCGGAGAGGGCGGACGUCGUGAGGAGACUCAUACGAAAAGACGGAGACUUGGUGGCGUUGCAGUCUCGCCUCGAGGAAACCGUGUCCGAGUUGGAGGCUGUCAAGCUCGCGCUAGUGGAGGGAUCCAGCAACAGCGUGGGUGACGGCGGCAGUGGCGGCCGUGGCAGGGUACCCGGGGAAGCAGGGGUGCAGGCUGCUCUUAGGGAAGGGGUGGCCGGGGCUCACGUGGCGGCGGCGGCGGCGGCGCAGACCAAAGCCAACGAGUUGAAGAGGCAGCACGCCGAAGCCCAGGAAGAAAGCAGGCUAGCGCGCUCUGAGCUGGCGUGUGUUCAUCUCCGAACGCGCAUGUGCGGCGCGAGGGUUCUGUCAGGCGUAUUCCACAAGUGGGCGGCGAGGAGAGCGGCGAGAGCUUUCUGGAGACUGAGAACGACGUCGACGACCGGAAAUUCUCCCGCCAUUGCUGGAGGUGUCGUGUCAUCCUGCGCUCGCUGUGGAGCAGCUGGCACCGGCCGCCACGGCAGCCUUGAUGGCGACGACAGGUCAACAUCGGCUGCGCUCACGAUCGAGGCCCCGACCCCAAGCAGUCAAGGCGGAGGCGGUAGCGGUAGCGGUAGCGGCUGGACGUCCCCGCUUAGCGGUUACAACCAAAGCGGAGAGGGGGGACGAGAGAGGCCCCGAUCAGCUGGAAGCGGCAAGAGCUGUCCGGAAACGACGGCUGCGGCCGCUAGAUACCGACAGAACCGCGAUCGUAGCGGCGCCGGUGCCGGCGACGGCUUCCUCCGGAUUCGGGCGACAGCCAAUGCGCCGGUUACAUCUCCGGACGAAGACAGCCCCGGUGUUUUCGACUUCGGAGGCGGGCACGGAGGCGCGAGGGGGUAUCAGCACCGCCGCCGACGCAGCCGUGCACGUGGUGGGAAUGCCAACGGGAGGUCUUCUCCCCUACCACCGUCACCGGCCUCGUCGCGGGCUCGCAGCAUGACGAGCCCUCCCGGAGGAAGCUUCAGCAUCGCCUGGUCGAACGGCGGUACCGAUGCCGUCACACCGAGCGCAUCGAAGCUACCGGUGACAGCGUGCCAGUGCCAUUGCGAGCCGCCACGCGAAGACGUUCGGCUUCGGAUCUUGUACGGGACGGGACCAGACUCCCUCUAUUUUACCGGGCAAGCAAACAACAUACACACACAGUGUACUGAAGCCGCUUGCAUACUGGACUACAUCAAGUACGUAAAUACGUCCAUCAUCGCCGCGCUGCAAGUAGCGAUGCAAAAGUAGACGGAGCGCAAGCAGGAAGGUUGUUGCCCACAGGUUGAACCCGUUGGAACCUCCAGUUGCGGUCAUGAGCGUUCGGUUGUGUCUCGCCACACGAAACAAGUAGUUCAUGACCGAUUGAAGCCAGCCGCAGCGAAGGCAUGGCUCCCUGCUGUCCCCGAUUUUUGGUGUCUCGUAUAUUCCAGGAACCCUCUUUCGUUACGCCGACUUCGUUACCCCCCGGAACACGGACAUUCUAAUAUGCCCCCCAACUCUCUGAAAAGGACACGCGGGGAAUACCGUGGAAAUCGUGUGGAUCAAAUUCCAGCGCCGUUCUGCUCCGCGUGUUUACUCCUCUUCGUCGACCGGCGCCCGUAGUUGAAAUCCCUUAUCCUCUUGGUUUGACGAGACUUUCCUUGCUGCCCCUCCGGGUUUCCGGGUUCCUCUUUGGCCCCCGAUCGAUGCUGAAGAGGUUGCCUUCUACCGUCCUUUUUCGGCCUCCCCUUCUUGGGCGCCUCUCCAGGAUUUUGGACGCCUGUGCCUCCCGCGGACGAGUUGAGAAGAUACCGGAGAAAGUCCCCAACCUUGUCCUGGACGGACAGCGCUUGAUGCAAGGGCACGGACCUCAUUAUAUCUCCUACAAGCUACUUGCUCUUCGCCAUCAGAUGGGCGUAGGCUCGACGCUUGUCGGAAGCGCUUCUAUCCUGCGCGGCGCGCCCCGGUUCAGCAGGAUGUAUGCCAUCCACCGCUUCAUCGCAUGUCGGUCCCCAGUAGUUCUCGUCGCUGCCUUCGUCAUGGCCGUCCCACCCUACGCCGUGGCCUGACGACGACAGCACCGAUGAGAUGCUCCACGGCGAAUCUUUGCCAUCUUCUCUUCGACGCCAACGGUUGUGGAUA